AUGACCAAUGUAAGUCAAGAUCUUGACAAAAUAACACCUGGCUGUCGAGCUUUUGAAAACAUACUUUGCGAACAGGGCAUCUCUAAGAUAAUUUCUCAACAAAAAAGCUUGCUAUCACGUCUUGAAAAGACCAACGCAAUGUUACAAACUGUAAAUGAACUAUCUAGCCAACGCUCAGAAUCCCUGACAAGUCAGCUUCGUUCCUAUGGGCGCAUGCUAGUGUCCACGAAGCGAGAACUCAAUACAAUUCUUAAACGAGUUGAUUCCAUACAAAAGAUUCUAAAGCGCAAGUAUCCUUCUGAAUAUCAACAAGAAGCAAAUGCAAUUGAAGCUGCAUGGAAAGCCGAACUAGAGUCUGAGCUUGAAAUGGCUUAUCCUUCUCCACGUAAUUCCGCCCCUAUUUCUCGCGCUAUGGAAACUCUUCCCGACCGCAUCUGCUCUGGCUUGUUCUCAGACCUCAAGUACUGUCAUCAACUUUCUUGUGAGUUAAUUGAAGAAGUUCUCCGCUUGUCUAGGGAUUCGAAAAAAGCCAGUUAUAUCUUGAAACUCGUAUGUGUUGUUUUCAUGAGUUUCAUCUCUGCCAAAGUCUUCUGUUAUCUUAGCAAUAGCAUAGCGUUGACUUCAUUUGCAGACCUCAUCCUCUUUGAUGUUCUCUAUCUUCUCGUUGCACUUAUGAGCAUAUGGGUUAAACAGCAAUCGGCGGAUGUGAAAACGUAUUGUUUCGGAUAUGAGAGAUUUGAAGUGAUUUCAGUUUUCGCAGCCACUAUUCUCUCAAUUCUCUCUUCUUUUUACCUUCUUAAGGAGGCUAUCGAGCGGUUGUUUGAACCAGAUGUGGUUGUAGUUGAGUAUAUGCCUCUUACUGCCCUAUUGUGCUUCUCCUUUCAUGUUGUUACGAUUUAUUUGGUCGAUAAUCCGGCCUUUACUCACGUGACCCAAGCUUGUGUCUCCAGCUGGUUGCAAGAGCAAGUGGCAGAUAUCAGUCGGUCCCUAAGGAGUAGCAUUCCUUCGCUAUCCCGAAUUCUACCACCAAGGAUGAACCCGAUUGCAUUAGUUGGUUCUAUUAUUUUCCUGGUGACCAUGGUCACAUAUGUUUUAAUCGACCCAAGCUCCGAGGCUGGGACGUUUCCCGACACUGUUGCAGCUGUGAUAAUAUCCCUCCUUCUAUUUAACACUAUGGUACCCAUGGCGGUAUACAGUGGGAAGAUCUUACUGCAAACGACGCCUUCAUACCUCGUUACCGCAUUGGACAAGGCUCUGCGUGAGGCUUCAACACUUGAAGGCGUUUUAGAGCUUCGAAAUGAGCACUUUUGGACGAUUGGAUUCGGUGCCCUAGUUGGGAGUUUGUAUGUGAGAGUUAGGCGUGAUGCAUCUGAGCAGCUGGUUUUAGCUCAUGUCACACGGAGGCUUCAUCCUUUUGUCAAACACUUGACCAUUCAGGUCAUGAAGGAUGACUGGACUAGAUCGACAGUUAAUGUGAAUUUUGAUUGGCCGCCGCCGAGUGGAUAUAUGCAGAAUUCUGUUCUCCUUCAAGGGCCUUCUAAUUAUGCUAGUGGCAGUAGACAUAAUCAUGCUGAUGCGAACCAUGGACACGCACAUUAA